AGUUUUAAAACUACGAAAAUGGACGAUUUUCCUUCACCAGAACCUACUGAUCCCAGACUUGAGGCAAUGGCUCAAAAAGUGUUAGAAGAAACUAUUAUCACUGAAGGAGAUGGAACAAUCUACUGGGCUCUCAAAGUUACCCGAUUACUCUCUAGAGUAGCUAAAAAACACCAGUGCUUUGAAGCUUUCUACGAUGCCGUUAUUAAAGGUGAUCCAAAAACACGAUGCUGUCCUGCACACAAUGAGAAACUCAUUGGAAACUUUGGACGAGCUAUCAUGUGUGUCUUGAGAGCAUUCAGAUUUCCGGUUAUUCGAUAUGAAUCUCAAGUGAAAUCAAUAUUAACGUGUCGACAUGCAUUCAAUUCCCAUAGUCGGAAUGUUUGUCUGAAUCCGUAUCAUUAUCGAUGGGUUGAACUACCGACGUGCCAAGUUCCACCAAUUAUUGUAAAUAAGGAAUUGGAUUACGGUGAACCUCCGAUUCGGACUGAGGAUGCACUGGAUGAUUGGAAUCAAAAGGAUUUGAAAGAGGAACAGGUGGUUGCAAGUUGGGAUGUGCCAAAUGUGACGAUGAGAGGAGAUGAAAUUAAGCUUCUCUAUGAUCGAUAUGCAGCUGAAAACGGAGAUUUUCAAUAUAUGAAUUACGGAAAUUUUGGCUCUUUUGAUGGAAGUCCGUGUAGCUCUACCACGAUGUCAUUAGGAUCAUCUUUCGCAUCGUUACUGCAACAAAGUAAUCGACAAGACGACGAGGAACCCGGAUAUUAUAGAUCUGGACUCUCAUCUCCAGCUAGUCAUGCAGCUUCUCCUCGAGAGUUUAUUCCAAACGGAAAUGAUACAAUAAGUCUGGAUCAAGAAAUGAUGGAUGAUUCCGAAGUUAGUGACAUCAUGCAUUCCGAGAAUUUUUCAUCAGAGAACAAUGGAAACCGAAAGCCAACGUAUGCAGAUGGACGGCCUAUCACACCAAUUGAACCUCGACCACUCUAUCGAUCUUCGGCAUUAGAACUUGGAGAUCUGUCACGACAGGCUGGAAUAUAUGAAUGUGUAGAAUAUGAAGAGUCGCCGAGUUGGCUGAAAUUAAUUUAUUAUGAAGAAGGAACGAUGAUUGGAGAGAAAGCCGAUGUAGAAGGGCAUCACUGCCUGAUCGAUGGAUUUACAGCUAGUCGCACUGACUCAGAAACCAGAAGCCGUUUCUCGCUUGGUUGGUACAACAAUCCAAACCGCUCUCCACAAACGGCCGAAGUUCGUGGUCUCAUUGGAAAGGGUGUUCGAUUUUACUUGUUAGCUGGUGAAGUCUAUGUAGAGAAUUUGUGCAAUAUUCCUGUUUUUGUACAGUCAAUCGGUGCAAAUAUGAAGAAUGGUUUCCAAUUGAAUACUGUAUCAAAGUUGCCUCCAACUGGAACUAUGAAAGUUUUUGACAUGAGAUUAUUCUCCAAACAGCUGAGAACAGCAGCUGAGAAGACAUAUCAAGACGUCUACUGUCUCUCACGAAUGUGCACAGUUCGUGUUUCGUUCUGCAAAGGUUGGGGAGAACACUAUCGUCGUUCAACCGUCCUCCGAUCGCCUGUUUGGUUUCAGGCUCAUUUGAAUAAUCCGAUGCAUUGGGUCGAUAGUGUACUCACUUGUAUGGGAGCUCCACCACGUAUAUGUUCAUCCAGAACUUAGCUUCUUUCUUUGCCAAAAUCCUAAUCUCCAAUUUGCGUGUGAUCAAUUUUGUUGAUAGAGAAAGGUUUUUAUUUUACUCUAAAACAUCAAAACGAGUUUUAAAAUUUUUUAUUUAAAAAUUUAGAUUUUAAA